GUGCUUCUGUGUGGAGUGCGUGGACCUUCUUGUUGGUCAAGGAGCCGCUCACGCUGCCAUCAAAGAAGACCCAUGGAACUGCUACAUGUGCGGUCAGAAGGGUGUGUUUGGUCUGCUGGAGCGUCGUAGCGAUUGGCCCAGCCGUCUCCAGCACUUCUUUGCAAAUAAUCACGAUCAAGAUUUUGAUCCACCAAAGCUUUACGCCCCAGUCAUGGCGGAGAAGAGGAAGCCCAUUCGUGUCCUUUCACUAUUUGAUGCACCCUGCACAGGACUGCUGGUGCUCAAAGAACUUGGCAUCCAAGUGGGUCGCUACAUAGCUUCUGAAGUGUGUGAAGACUCCAUCACUGUGGGUAUCGUCCGGCAUGAGGGUCGCAUCAUGUACGUUGGAGACGUGCGGAACAUCACGCGCAAACAUAUAAACGAGUGGGGUCCUUUUGAUCUAGUUAUAGGUGGAAGCCCAUGCAAUGACCUCUCAAUAGUCAAUCCUGCAAGGAAGGGUCUGUAUGAGGGCACCGGACGCCUGUUCUUUGAGUUUUACCGACUGCUCCAUGAGGCUCGGCCGAAGCAGGGGGAAGACAGGCCUUUCUUCUGGCUCUUUGAAAAUGUGGUUGCUAUGGGCGUCAGUGACAAGAGGGACAUAUCUCGCUUUUUAGAGUGUAACCCAGUGAUGAUCGAUGCCAAGGAAGUGUCAGCUGCCCACCGUGCCCGUUACUUCUGGGGUAACCUUCCUGGCAUGAACAGGCCUUUGACUGCCAUGUGCACUGAUAGGCUGGAACUCCAGGACUGUUUAGAACAUGGCAGGACAGCCAAGUUUGGCAAGGUGAGGACUAUCACUACCAGGUCUAAUUCCAUCAAGCAGGGCAAGGACCAGCACUUCCCAGUCUACAUGAAUGAGAAGGAAGACAUACUGUGGUGCACUGAGAUGGAGAGGGUCUUUGGUUUUCCAGUCCACUAUACAGACGUAUCCAACAUGAGCCGACUGGCGAGGCAGAGGCUGCUGGGCAGAUCAUGGAGCGUCCCAGUUAUCCGCCACCUGUUUGCACCACUCAAAGAGUACUUUGCCUGUGACUGAGCAGUCAAAAAAUUAGCUCAGAACCAUUUAGUAUGAAGUGCCAUAAGGGGCAUUAUUACUGAAACGCUCUCAGACACACUACUGAACACCAAGGCAUUUCAGCUGAACAGGAAGGUGUUUUAGUGUUGCCAACUUAGCAACUUUGUCGCUAUAUUUAGCGAGUUUUCAGACCCCCUUAGCGACUUUUUUUCUCUAA